AUGGCAUCUGCGCCCGCUCUUGCUCAUAUAUCUGCCGAUGCAUCUUUGGAGGAUGCAAAGCCACUGGAGCCAACGGCUGCUCCAGUCCCGCCCAGUCCGUACCCAUCCCAUCCCAUCACUCAGCUCCAGGGUCCCUUUGAGGAAUCAAUUGUCGAGACGUCCGAUGGCUCCAGGCCUGAAUGGGUCGUUGACAUUGAUGCCCAAACGCGGCGGCGCGAUUUGCUAGAGAAUGAUGGAUACGAGCGGCUUUGCGGGAGAAAAUGGCGCCAAAGGACCUCGGAAAAAUAUCACCCAUUUUGGAAACUCAUUGCCCAAAUGAUAUUCGGAGUCCAUCUGCUAGCCAAGAAUCUGGCGAAAUCGGAAGUCUCCGUCAUGAAGAUCCUACAGAAACAUGUAGACGAGUUGGAUGGUUUCAUAGAACGAACUACCGAGGACUUUCUAAUCGUGCGGCUAGAUGUUCGCACCCGAAUUCAAUAUCUGAGUCUCCCUCUGAGAAACCCCGAUGUCUUUGAUGAGAUGCUUCAAGACCGGAAGUUUCGGUUGUCAAUUGUCACUUACAACGAUCGAAUCGAACAUUCAAUUGGCAGAUUCACGCUUACGAUCACAGACUCCCUCAAAGACCUGCAAAAAGCAAAAGAGGCAAUGGGGGCACUGUGGUUCUACUUUCGAAAACUCGCCGAGGAAGGUUGUUUUGAGACCGAGAGCCUAAAGGCAUUUCAUCAGGCGAUGAGGGACAACAUGGAAGGCUGGAUCUUCGCCAUCUCAAAACUUCGUCGACGGGGCACUGCUCUUCAGAAGGCGCUGAGCCAACUUGGCUUAGCAACCACGGAAAUGCAACGGCGGGUGGGAGUAGCAAGUAGAAAGGACGUGCGAUCUUUCAUUCAGCCGACCAACAAAGCCGUAAGUCGGAGGAAGUCCAUCAAACAAAGACUUUUCGACAAAGAGCGACCUAUAUCGGAGAAACCGUUGCCUCGUGAUCCAAGUUCCAACCCCAAGAGGAUAGCAACGACGUCGAAUCAUAUGAUCAGUCCUACUGCUGCAGCCACCCCGAGCGAUGGUGUUCGGCGUAAGAUUCUGAGCCGAGCCAAAUCAUGCAGUGCUCUUAUAGCAGAAGCUGGCACAGUCGGCGGUGACGAAUCGCCGCCUCCCCUUCCAUCAACUGCUGGAAGGCUUAAACGAAAGUUGUCCAAGCCCUUCUUACCGAAACGAUCUGCCAGCGAGAAACUCGACAUGACACAAGAACGACCGAAAACAGCCCCUUCACAGCCAUUACGAUCCUCACGCAACAUCUCCAUAGAACAAUUACGGGCAUUCUGCACAACACCACGCCCUUGUACGGGACAAUCGACAGCCAAGUCGCCCACGCAGGCGCGGCAGGAGGCACAUGACCAGCUGACAAAUGGCCGCGAGACGAUGAAGGAUCAAAUAUCUCAAUUCCUCAAGACAGACCGCGUGGUUGAAGCCUGGGAUAGUGUAUCUAAGAAUGCGUCAUGUUGUGCCCGCCCGAACGCCAAGACAAAAGAUUGGCCCAGCAGUAUCUUCCGCACAAAGUCGUCGAGUCCCCUACCCGACAAAGAUAAUGAGACAAGCCUCUCCGGCCCGGAUCUGCAAAGGCAGAUGUCCUGGGUACAAGAGACUUUCGAUGUAUUACCUACCUAUUCUCUCAAAACGAAACCCGAUCCUUCACCUCGGAUCCAUGUUCUAUCGGUGCAGACGACCCUGGACGAAGACGGUGGAGUGGCUGAGCAGGAGGCGAGUUUGGAUGUGCGCAGUGAAGUUGGAUCGAUUAUCACUGCCUUGCCGACUGUGCCACCCAUUCCGUUCUUCAUCUCUCUUUUUCUCCCUUCUGUCUCGCGUGAACCCCUCAUGGCUAUUCUAUAUCCCCGAUACUGUUACGACUAUGACGAUUGUUAUUCUACCUGGGAUCACUGGGGUCGUUGGGUAGCAUUCGCCGUGAUCGUCGGCGUGGCCUUCUUUUUGUUCUUCGGUUUCGCCUGCUUCAACGCACGUCGCCGCCGAAGCCAUGGUCAACGCCCUCUGACAGGGACAGGAUGGAUGGCCCCUCCUCCCGGACCUCCUCCGCCAAACCAGCCGAUUUACCAGCAACCGCCUUACGGCGAUCCUUACUAUCAGCAGAAUGCGCCUCCACAAUACAGCGCGAACCCUCAAAACUAUGGCUACUUUGGCGCACAACAAGCGCCACAACAGCAAGGGAUCGAGUUGCAACAGCCUCAAAAUGCAUACACAGCGAACACACCUUACGGUCCGCCUCCUGGGCCCCCGCCAAACGCGAGCAAGGUCUAG